ACAACCAUUUGAACCAUUUGAAGGUCACGAUGGCAUCUCCCAAAGGUCGUUCAUAAGUUGUAGUCCAACUGCUGAAUGAAUGUUAAGUGACGAAAUAUUUUCUUUGACAACUUGGUUGUACAGUGACAAAUAGCUGGGUUUAUAGUUGUUUGCCCCUGAGUGAAUUUAAGGUGUUUUGGGAUCAAACAAUACUCACCUAUGGUUGAUCAGACUGGCCUGGACGUAUGGACUUUGGAAUCAGAGAUUCAACUUUUUCAUGCUAUAUUGAAUCACAAACCCGUUGGUGCAGAUCGUCAUUUUCAGAUGAUAUAUGUAUGCAACCUUGUAAACUCGUUUGUGAGUGAUCCUAUUAGUACAGAUACUAUUUGGAAAAAGCUAGGUUCGUUGUAUAACAUGGAAGAGUUGCAUGAUUCUGAAGUUAAUCCGUUUCAAUCAAAGAUGAAGGAAUUCAACCUCCCAGAAGAGUAUGACUCCCUGAAAUCUUUGAAGUAUCCUCGUGUGACACCACAGAGUGGCAUAUCUGUUUCUCGAUCUCCACGUACUGAUUCCUUUAGUCAAAAAAGAACAAGGAAAUCUUUGCGUUCAGUUGACUCAAACACAACUCUAGUCUCUUCAACUAACUCACCGGCUACUACAACCGCUGGUUCUGUUACUUCACGAGAAAAAAGACGUUGAUUUAUGUUCCCAUAUUGAAUAUGCGAUUUGUUUUGUAUCACUAACAAAGUGUUUUGCAAUAAAUAUUUGUAUUCGCUUCA